UCGUCGAACGCACGCAAAAGCGCAUCGUCUGUAGGUACCUUCUUCUCACCAAACUAAUCAACAGCCAUGGGUCGUAUGCACGCGCCCGGAAAGGGCAUUUCGUCCUCCGCUCUCCCCUACUCCCGCGCUGCUCCUUCCUGGAAUAAGACCUCCCCUGAGGAUGUCUGCGAUCAGAUCUUCAAGCUGGCCCGCAAGGGCCUCACACCCUCCCAAAUAGGUGUGCAGCUGCGUGACUCGCAGGGUAUCCCGCAGGUGAAGACGAUCACCGGCAACAAGAUUCUCCGUAUCUUAAAGUCCAACGGCCUCGCUCCCUCCAUCCCUGAAGACCUCUGGCACCUUGUCAAGAAGGCUGUCUCAGUGCGCAAGCAUCUUGAGGUCAACCGCAAAGACAAGGACUCCAAGUUCCGUCUUAUCCUCAUCGAGUCCCGUAUCCACCGCCUCGCCCGUUACUACAAGACGAAACAGCAGCUUCCGCCAACGUUCAAGUACGAUGCUGCGACGGCAAGCACACUAGUUGCAUGAGGUGUUAGUCAGUGCGUGAUGUGGAGAGGGGUUAGAUGACGACGAGCUGCAUUUUGGGAUUGGUUUUGCUGCUGUCAUUUGGAGAGCGUUUGUAUGUGCUAUGUCUAUGCGCGCAAAAUGAACCAUGUUCUAUCC